AUGGAACCGUCGCUUACUCAUGUGAUGCUCGUAUCAUUCCCAAGCCCAGGUCAUAUAAACCCUCUUCUUCGUCUCGGAAAGCUCAUAGCCUCUAAAGGCUUACUCGUCACCUUUCUUACCACAAAGGAGCCAUGGGGCAAGAAUCUGCGUGAAUCCAACAAGAUCCAAGACGGCGUGCUCAAACCGGUCGGUUCAGGUUUCCUACGAUUCGAGUUCUUUGACGAUGGGUUUGUUUACGAGGACCUCAAGAACAAAGCUGAGUCCGGUGUGUUAAACUCACAGCUUGAGGUUGCUGGAAAACGAGAGAUCAAGAAUCUGGUCAAUAGAUACGAAGAGGAGGAGAAGCAGCCGGUUAGGUGUCUUAUAAACAACGCUUUUGUGCCGUGGGUAUGUGACGUGGCCGAAGAGCUUCAAAUCUCCUCGGUUGUUCUUUGGGUCCAGUCUUGCGCUUGCUUCGCCGCGUAUUACUAUUUCCAGCACCAGUUGGUUAAGUUUCCGACCAAAACAGAACCGGAGAUCAACGUUGAAGUCCCCUUCAUGCCAUCAACGUUGAAGUAUGACGAGAUCCCAAGCUUUCUUCACCCUUCCUCGUGCUUUUUACCUGUGAGGGAUCUCAUUUUAGAACAGAUCAAGCGGCUUCACAAGCCUUUCUCUGUUCUCAUCAUCGAUACUUUUCAAGAACUUGAACGAGACAUCAUCGACCACAUGUCACGUCUCUGCCCUGAAAUCAUCAUCAACCCCAUCGGUCCACUCUUCAAGAUGGCUCAUUCCAUAAGCUCUGACAUUAACGGGGAGCACGUGGACGAAUCCAUUGUGUGGCUUGACUCGAGAGAGCCAUCUUCCGUCGUUUACAUCUCAUUCGGGACUAUAGUCCACUUGAAGCAAGAGCAGAUAGACGAGAUCGCUCACGGCCUUCUCAACUCCGGAUUAUCCUUCUUAUGGGUUGUGCGGCCUCCCAUGGAAGGCCUUAACCUAGAACCACAUGUUUUGCCUCGAGAGCUUGGCGAAAAAGGGAAGAUCGUGGAGUGGUGUUCCCAAGAGAGAGUUUUGGCUCAUCCUGCGAUAGCUUGCUUCUUAAGUCACUGCGGAUGGAACUCGACCAUGGAGGCUUUAACUGCCGGAGUUCCCGUGGUUUGCUUCCCGCAGUGGGGGGAUCAGGUGACAAAUGCGGUUUACAUGAUUGAUGUUUUUAAGACAGGAGUGAGACUUAGCCGUGGAGAUGCGGAGGAGAGGAUUGUUCCGAGGGAGGAGGUUGCUGAGCGACUUGUUGAGGCCACCGUUGGGGAGAAGGCGGUGGAGCUGAGAGAAAACGCUCGGAUGUGGAAGGAGGAGGCGGAGGCUGCCGUCGCUUACGGUGGAUCAUCUGAUAGGAACUUUCAAGAGUUUGUGGACAAGUUGGUUGCUGUAAAGACAGCGACAAACAGUAACAAUGUCUCGUAA